CUGCCCCGGGAGAGCUGCUCAGGCGGGGGUGGGGGAAGCUCCCGCGGCCGGUCGCGUUUCUCCGCCGCCGCUGGUUGGAUCGUUUCAAUAAAAGUCUUUUUUUCUCUCUCGCUCUCCUCGGGAGAACAGGCGGAGGCGUCAGUCCGCAGCCGCCGAGUGAGAACGCGACGCACACGCAGGGAGCGAAAGCAGGCGCCCGCAGUCUCCUCCGCUCCCCACGGUCCGGCCUCAGAGCCGGCGAGAAGAAGGAGCCAGCGCGCGCCGGCGCCCGCCUGCCUCGCUCCCGCCCCGGCUUCUCCGAGGGGAUCAGUGGGCCGUCCGCGCGGCUCGGCGGCCCGGGAGCCAUGUUGACCAGGGGGCUUGGCAACGCGUGAAGCACCCGCGGCCCCUCCCGGAGGCUCCGGACCCGCGGCGAGAGCCGGAAGGCGGCGGCGGAGGCCUGCGCUCAGAGGCGCCUCGGAUCUGCCGGCUGCUGGGACCCGGACCUGCAUCCGGCCGCCGCGGGCGUCGGCGGAGCCGCCUUCCUCCGCCUCGCCCCGGGACGCGGUCCCCGCACUUGCUGGGUUUUUCAAGCCACAUUCAAUUGAUAGGAUGAAAAAAUUUAAGAGAAGGCUUUCCCUCACACUUCGAGGAAGCCAGACUAUUGAUGAAUCAUUGUCUGAAUUGGCUGAACAAAUGACUAUUGAAGAAAACAGCAGUAAGGAUAAUGAGCCUAUUGUGAAGAAUGGCAGGCCUCCUACAUCUCACAGUAUGCAUUCCUUCCUCCACCAGUACACGGGGUCUUUCAAGAAGCCCCCAUUGCGGAGACCACACAGUGUUAUUGGAGGAAGCCUUGGCUCCUUCAUGGCAAUGCCCAGAAAUGGAAGCAGAUUAGAUAUUGUUCAUGAAAAUCUAAAAAUGGGAUCAGAUGGUGAGAGUGACCAAGCUUCUGGGACAUCAUCUGAUGAAGUCCAAUCACCUACAGGUGUUUGUCUCAGAAAUCGUAUACAUAGACGGAUCUCAAUGGAGGAUUUAAAUAAGCGGUUAUCCCUGCCUGCGGAUAUCAGAAUACCUGAUGGUUAUCUCGAAAAGUUGCAGAUAAACAGUCCACCAUUUGAUCAACCAAUGAGUCGAAGGUCUCGUAGAGCUUCCUUAUCAGAAAUUGGGUUUGGGAAAAUGGAAACCUACAUCAAAUUGGAAAAGCUUGGAGAGGGUACAUAUGCAACAGUAUAUAAAGGAAGAAGUAAAUUGACAGAGAAUUUGGUGGCAUUAAAAGAGAUCCGAUUGGAACAUGAAGAAGGUGCACCCUGCACAGCUAUAAGAGAAGUUUCACUAUUAAAGGAUCUAAAACAUGCAAAUAUAGUAACCUUACAUGACAUUGUUCACACAGAUAAAUCUUUGACUCUGGUCUUUGAGUAUCUGGAUAAAGACCUAAAACAGUACAUGGAUGACUGUGGAAACAUUAUGAGUAUGCAUAAUGUAAAGCUGUUUCUAUACCAAAUUCUACGUGGUUUGGCAUAUUGCCACAGAAGAAAGGUAUUGCAUCGAGACUUGAAACCACAGAACCUCCUCAUUAAUGAAAAAGGAGAAUUAAAGCUAGCAGAUUUUGGACUAGCCAGAGCCAAGUCAGUUCCCACGAAGACCUACUCAAAUGAAGUUGUCACACUGUGGUACCGGCCACCUGAUGUGCUUCUUGGUUCCUCAGAGUACUCGACACAGAUUGACAUGUGGGGUGUUGGUUGCAUUUUCUUUGAAAUGGCUUCUGGAAGACCUCUAUUUCCAGGAUCAACCGUGGAAGAUGAACUGCACUUAAUUUUCCGACUGCUAGGAACUCCCUCUCAGGAAACUUGGCCAGGUGUUUCUUCAAAUGAGGAAUUCAAGAACCACAACUUUCCAAAAUAUAAACCACAGCCUCUAGUUAACCAUGCACCCAGGUUAGACUCUGAAGGAAUUGAGUUGAUAACAAAAUUUCUUCAGUACGAAUCUAAGAAAAGGGUUUCAGCAGAAGAGGCCAUGAAACAUGUGUACUUUCGCAGUUUGGGACCAAGAAUACAUGCUUUACCAGAAAGUGUAUCAAUAUUCAGUUUGAAAGAAAUUCAGUUGCAAAAGGACCCGGGUUUUCGAAAUUCUUCUUAUCCAGAGACAGCUCAGUAAAUCUUCAGAGAGAAAUCUGACUCAGUCAAGUCAGGGAUCCUGAAAGCUGCAGAUGGCACAGAGACCUUUUACAAGUGACCUGGCUUGAUCACUGCACACGCCAUCCCUGGUACCUGAGGCAGAAGACACAUCUUGUGCUUCCCUAGUCAUCAGGUUCAUCACUUCGAAGCAUAGAAGCUGUAGACUGACCCCAUCAACAAAAGGGUUAUUUAAGACAGUGCUGAUUACUCUCACCGUGGAAUAUUAGCUUUUGCUGGUGGGAACAUUAGUUUCCUAGAGUCACCAAAUACUGUAUGUGGGAUAAAACUGAACCUUGAACUGCCUCAUAAAAUGACUUUAUAUUUUAGGACAUGGGAAGAACAGAAGACAGAGCAUGCUCUUUUAAGUCUGAUAACAUGGUUUCAAGCCCAGCCCACAGCCUUUCUUACCAAUCAAGGACUCAGAUCUGAAGGCAAUUAUUUCUUUUGGUGGACUUGGAAUCUCUGUUUGUCUACACUGUCCUCUUCACAGUGGAGUCUUUUUAUUUCAGACCUACAGAUUGUUUUUAUAUUUGUUGUCACAGUGUGACAAUUUUUUUUGUACAGUCAGUUUUAAGGUCUUCUCUGCCAUUAGAGCCAGUAGGUUACAGCUGUUGAUGUAACUGUAGCUGCAAUUUUUGUGCAGGACUGAGAAACACAGUGCAUUAUUUAUUGCGGAAUCAUUGCUGCUAAAUAACUACUGUUUGUUUAUUUAACACAACAAUUGAAUGCCUGAAGAAGUUGCAGUGGCUUUAUUAUAUGUGAAUGCAUCUGUUUCUCCUCACGAAUUGUUUUACUGCUGCAUUUUUUGUUUGUUUUUAAAAUUAAACUGCAUUGUUUCCUAGAAUGUAAAUUUAGCUUUGCUUAACAGUAAAAUAAGUGAGCGAGCCAUCUUGAACACUCUAAGUUUAUGCUAUAUAAUUUCUUACUGAACAUUGGCAAAUAAAAUAGCUAAGAGAUUGAUAAGCACAUUUUGUUUAGGAAAGCAUGUGAUGCAGAAGUUGAUUCAAGCAAGUGAAUACUUGACAUUUUGGGGAUCCUCACAUUAGACACCAGUAAAUUAAAGCAUCCAAAUUAUUUAUUUUUACUUACUCCUCAUUUUAGAAAUGUCUACCGUGUAUUACUGGAUAUUUUUAUACUAAUACACUUACCUGUUUUACAUUGUGCUUUAAUUUAGUUAAAAUUUAACUGUAUGAGUCCAUUCAGACAUGAAAAGUCUUGCAUUCAUUUGUUUAAAAUACUUUUCUUUUAUUAGAAAGGAUGAUACUUUCUUGGUGAACAAUUUAUUUCAUUUGGGGGCUGUGUGCGUUUCAAUAACAUUCACUUGGAAUCAGCUGAAAGCUAUAUGUCUUUUCAGUGAGCCAUGACAAAUUACAAAUAAGAGAGAUGAGAACUUAAGAGGAUUGCUUUAAAGCAUUGUAGGUAUUACCUGUUUACCAGAGAUACUAAAUAUUCCAGUUUUAAUUAUACAUCUCUUUGAACAUCAUAAACACACUUUGGUAUUGGUAAGUGUUUUUAAGUAUUUGUGUUCACUUUUAAGGACUAUUUGUUUAGUGCAUCUUACAAACUAUAAAUCUUAAUUGGUAUAUUUUGAAAUGGUCAUGUAAAUUUUUGCCUAAUAUAUCAUGAAAAUAGUCAUAACUUAAUUUUUUUUCCUGACAUUCACUGUAAAACAUUCAGGGGUCCUACCAUUUCUGUUCAGGAAAUCUUAUAGUUUAUUGUUGUUAUUUAACAGUAUUAAGUGAAUUUUUGUAUAUUUCAUUUUAACUUUAUUUGUGAAUAGUGAUUGUGGCAUGUUUGGGGGUGUUAUUUUAAUAUUUCAUGAUACUGAAAUUUUAAUUUUUUUAAAAAAAAUUUUCUGGAAGAAACAGAUUCAUGUGUAAUGGUGAAUAUUGGACCACUACUGCUUUUCACAUUUGUAAAUUGGUUUUAUGUUAAACCCUGUAGCCUAACAAAACUGCUGUUAUUUCUAACUGACAGACAUGUAUUAAUAUUGUACUUUGAAGGUUAUAAAUAUUAUGUGGAAAUUCUUCCAUUUUGUUUUGAAAUUUAUAAUAACAAAAUCUCCAUGUUGUUAAAA